ACAUGUUGGAUAGGACACAGCACGCUGAGUGUAACACUUAGGCUCGCAUUGUUGUCAAAAAGAGACCGCAAUUUGUGAGAUUUCUCCGGCUGACUCCGUCCAUAGUUUUGUACCAAUGCAAUCUUCUGUAUUUCUGUGAUCAUCUUUUUUGUAGCUGUCGUUGAUCCAUGACGGAGAGGAAGCAAUCGGAAUUUAGCGGUGCCUUUGCUUGGAGAAGUCGGGCAUUGUUUGUGUCUUUCAUGGUCACUAGUGCCUUUAACCACCUCCACCACCGUCAGCACUACUGAAGCCCCUAACUGCCCAUUAUGAGUGGCUCCGGAAAAAGCUUGAGUGCCUCACUGUCCCUGGAGGACCUGAACCUAGAGCCGAGCCCGCCCCAUAAGCGCAGCACCCAAGCUUCCACAAGCUCCUACCACUCCAGCCCCGGUGGGUCCACCUCCCGCCAGCAUGCCUCUGCCACCCCCACCCCUGCCAUUGCCACCCGGACCAUGUACAGGGACGAUCUCCAGCCUGCCAACAACACCAUUCCCCGGACCAAGAAAUCGGCUCGGGCGUCGGCAUCUGAAGGGAGUCCGGGAAGGAGCAGAGGCACGCUAAGGAAGACUGUGUCCUCCCCCAUCGGGCCGUACCAUGGGAAUGAUGUGGUUGGGGCUCGCCUGGCCAACUCCUGUGGUUUGGAGCUGCAGAAAUACAGUCACUUUGUAACUGAUGUCAAGGAGGCAGAGUCAGAUGAAGAAGAGGUGACAUUGAUGUUGGCACAGCAUGAGCGGAUCCCUAUGAAAGACUUCAGCAACGAGGUGAGGGCUACCCUGGACGUGGACAACUUUGUGCUGCAGGCCUCGCUUCUGCUGGACGUGACAGAGAACACGGUGGAGGCCAUCGUGGACCGCCUCCUGGAGAAGCUGCUGGAGGGCGACGAGCGGGAGGAGGUGAUCGCCAAGGAGGUCAAGUCCGUCCUCUUCAGCCACGAUUCAGUUCACGUUCUGGCCAAGACAAUACAAGGGACGUCGGAAAGUCUGGGCGGAGGGUUUGACUACGACCAGUCCUGGAUCUGUGCCCUGUGUUCAGUGCAGUCACUACAGCGCCGCCAUGUGGCCAUAGCCAGGCUGAAGCAUGCGGCCAACUUGGGGCGUACCAGCCAGGAGACGCGCUUCUUCUGCCUGGUCAUGGCACCCAUGAGGGAGAAGGGAACCAAGAACGCACUGGAGACAGCGCGCACCUUUGCCACCAUCCUGGCCGACAUUGACUGCAGGCAGUUACUCCAAGCUUCCAAAACAGAGGAUGAGUUCAAGAGGAUUCUUAACUGUUAUGCAAAGGAGCUGGCAAUACAGCAGAGUCAAUCUUCCCGACACCGGAUAUCUAGGCCCAGUGUUGUCCCAUUUGAUGGCUUUGAUGUGGGGAGUGGGUGUGCGAGAGGUCUGCGAGCUGACCUGAAGCGGCGGAUCCCCCACUAUCUGAGUGACUUCCGCGACGGCAUUGUCGGUCACAAGACCUUGCACAAGCUGGUCUCCACCACACUCUUCCUGUAUUUUGCUUGCCUUCUGCCGUCCAUAGCAUUUGGGGUGCUGAAUGACAAGAACACGCACGGCAAAAUAGAUGUGAGGAAGGUGAUCGUCUCCCAGACUAUUGGAGGUCUUUUCUUCUGUCUGUUUGGAGGGCAGCCUCUGAUAGUCAUGCUGACGACGGCACCCCUCGCCAUAUACAUCAAAAUUAUCUACAGUAUCUGUGAGGACUUUGAGUUGGAUUUCCUGACCAUGUAUGCCCUGGUUGGUUUCUGGAACACCCUCUUCCUCUGUCUGUAUUCAGUCUGUGAUGCAUCAUGCCUCAUGAAGUGGUCCACAAGGUCAACAGAAGAGAUCUUUGCACUCUUCAUUUCCAUUGCGUUUUGCGUGGAUGCCUUCAAAGACCUUGCUAACAACUUCAAGAAGAACUACAUAUCGGAUGGAUGCAACCAGAUCCAGCAGAUGGACAUGGAUCUCUUGGAGUACCUGCCACUGAACGACUCCAACAGCAGUAACAUCACCCAGAUGCUGAGCAUCCAGCCCUGUCUGCGGGAGAACUCCCUUGUGUAUCUCAUCCUGAUGUUUGGCACCCUCUGGGUCGGGGUCACGCUGCACAGUUUCACCAAAAGCCCAUUUCUGGAUGCAAGUAAGAGGGAGGCGCUAGCAGACUAUGCAUUACCGGUCAGUGUCGUCACCAUGUCAUUUGUUGGAUCAUAUCUAUUCAAUGACAUCCAGUUGGAGAAGUUUCCUUACCAAGAUGGUGACUUCUUCCGGCUGGUGUCCUUAGAGGAGGUCAACAUCUACAUGAUUGUGGGCUCCAUGGGACUAGGAUUCUGUCUGUCACUGUUGUUCUUCAUGGAUCAGAACAUCACCGGUGCUAUGGUCAACAGCCCUGGAAACAAGCUGAAGAAGGGCUCCGCUUACCACCUCGACCUGUUGGUGGUGGCUAUGCUGAACUGCGUGCUGUCCAUGUUUGGCCUGCCCUGGCUCCACGGUGCCCUACCCCACUCCCCGCUCCACGUCAAGGCCCUGGCAGACAAAGAGGAGAGAGUGGAUCAGGGGCAUGUCCAUCACAUCAUUGUGCGAGUACGAGAGACUCGACUGACCAUCCUCCUGUCCCACAUCAUGAUCGGCCUGUCGGUAUUCAUGCUGCCGGUUCCCCUUCAGUACAUCCCCAAUGCCGUCUUGUACGGCCUCUUUCUCUACAUGGCCUGCACGGCGCUGGAUGACAACCAGUUAUUUGAACGCACCAUGCUUCUGAUCACAGAACAGGCCGCCUACCCACCGAAUCACUACGUCCGGCGAGUGCCACAACGCAAGAUGCACAUCUUCACCUUCACCCAGCUGCUACAGCUGGCCUGCCUUUGUGGCUUUGGCUUUUCUCCCUGGCCCUACCUCAAAAUGGUCUUCCCCUUACUCAUCAUGUUCUUCCUACCGAUCAGGCACAGGCUGGUUCCUAAGGUCAUUCACACCAAGUACUUGGAUGCACUGGACAGAAGUCACUGAUGGCACAUCACAGGCUGGACCAUAGGCAUCCGUCUGCACAGCGCUUGGCAUCAACACUGACCGGAAAUGGAACUAGCACCCAGAGGCGAUGCCGAACUGAGGGGGGAAGUGCAGUUAGUGUCCAUGUGUGAAGGGGUUGCUUCGGCCAUUCCUGGCUUUUAUUGGUCUCUUUAUUGAGAGUUGUGACUGAUAUCAUUUGACUCUUACAUUUGGUUCCUGACCAGUGAAGUGUCUGCAAUUAAGAUCUGAAAGUCUGUAUUGCCAAGUCCCUCCACUCCAUUCUGCAAGGCUUUUGUUUUUUUACUUUUUUGUUUCAUUGAGCAAGAAGGUGCAGUGGAGAAUUAAGAGUUUCUCUUUAAAAGGGAGGUCAAUAAACCAGAUUUCAUUUCUAAGAAGCCGUGUUUGCUUCUUGAACAGUUUUCCGCAGACCGAUGCCUGAUCACAACAACUAAUGACUAUUGAAUCUGAUAUCACAGUACAGUAGCUCCUAAUGAGCUUGUUAAUUUUGACGUACAGGAUUCAAGUGACUUUGCACAUAAGAUCACCCUGUAGUCAGUAGUGUGUAAAUGCUACUUAUAUGCCCAAAGUUUGUACACAUUCUGUGGAAAAGUUGGUGCAUGCUUGCGACAUGAAAAUCCAAUAGGCUUUUGUCAACAGGCCAAAAAAGCAACAUAUAAAAUUCCCAUGGAGCCUGAAGAAAGAUUACAGCUACAAAAAUGUAGCAAAAAUCCUUCAUUGUACUGCGCAAACUCCUCUCAUCAAUGGUACCUUUAAGAUACACUGACAGAACAUUUUAUUUUGAAAUCACAGCAUAUGCAUGUUAACUUGACUUUUGCAGGAAGCCCUUUUAACAGUUUUGACAAUCUUCUCACCAUUCCAGUUUCGUUGUAAAAGGAAGAAUGGAUAUGAAGACAAUUCACUUUGUACUGGCCGCUAUUUGCAGAGGAAAAUACUGGAAAUGUACAGUCGAGAUAACUGAAAAGUUAAUGUGUAUGUGCCAAAUGAGAAUUGGAGAUAGUACUUUGAAAUUCACACUGUAUGACUAAUAAGUAGGCAAAAUGUAUACACAUGUGAACUAAGUGCAGUACUUGAAUUUAAAAUAAGCACUCUAGCAUUGCAUAAUCUGUAGGUUAUCUGGAGACAAAUUUUGAGAUUAUCUUACCAUUUGGAUUUGUGUUGAAAUGUUCUAUUCAUUGGAAUUUCAUUUUAUUUUUUCGAAAGUAUUAUUAGCCCUGUAUAGAGCUCCCAAGCCUUGGCACAAAAUUUUUUAUUGUCGUUCUUUUCCUCUUAAUUUCCUUUCCCCUCGCAACUGACCAAAUAUUUACAAAUGCCAACCAAAAAAGGAAAAAGUAUACCAAAAGAAGAGAUAAGAAAUAGUUUUUUUUUUGUUUAAAAGAAAAUUUAAUCCUUGAAUGCCAAACCCACUUCAGUCAAGAUCAGACCAAAAGUAACAAAAUGGGUGCAAGAAAUCUUGAAAGACCAAACGCUUCUGACCAAAUUGACAUCUUAAAAAAAAGCAAGGAAGUCUGUGCAAAUCGGGGUAGUACUAGCGGGCUGUCACCUUUCAUUCUAUGGGAUCCAUGAUCGUCUAAAAGUGACCAAAUCUUGCUUUGAACAUGUCCAACCCUUUAUCUCCAGGUUUUAGGUUCAUUUCAUUAGAAACGUAGAUUUACCACCUAAUUUCUAUUCCUUAAAUUAUAUUUGGUUUUUAUAAUGAAGCACUUCUAUUCCCUAUAUUGAUCACAGCACUGAGUUUUUACUGAAUGUUUCUACAAAAGUAUGAAGCAAAUACAGACAGGGUAUAUAGGUGAGAGAGAAGCUUUUAUUCAUUGUUUACAGCUUCAUUUGAAAAAGAAAUGCAAAGUUAAAUUGCAAGAAUAAAUCUGGGGAUUAAAAAAUCCAGGUUUUCAUAUUUAAAAUGUGUAAUGUGAGGUGGCGUUGAUGACUUUGAGCAUGUUAUAGACAUGAAAAUCAGCAGUAUGUGCACAUGUGGGAGCAACGGAGGUUGAUGAAAUCUGUGAUGUUAACUGAAGAAAAAAUAGAAAUACUAGCCCAUCUAGAUAUGGCAGGUUGUGGUUUUAGUCUAGUUUCUUUUCUUUUCCCUUUUUUUGGAAAAUCUUUCCUUCACAGUCCAACUGCAGCAAACUAAAACGGGUUUGAACGUUAAACUAGAAUAUAGCAAAUUGGCAUUACUGCAGCCUGAUGACGUUGUGGAAUGGAAGAUAGUUUAAAGCAGAGUAUAAACUGGCAGUAAUAGAGUAUUUGAAGUAAAGAAUUUUACUGCUUUUAACACUAUGAGUGUUUUCCUUCAUUUAUUUUGCAGCAAAAAACACUGAUAUGUCUAUCCGAUCCCUUUGCUAUUGUUAGUUAUCUUUGCAAUUGUUUUAACUAAAAGUUGGAAUGAAUUUUCGCAGUCAACAGGCUUCCAAAUAGUAAUAUUUGAAAACUUUUCAAGUUGUUGAAAAGGAGUGAUCAAAUAUCGGAGGCUUAGUUUAAGAAAGAUAGUCUAUGAAUGUUUCAUUUUAAUCAAUUCUUGCUCACCCAAAUUAUUCUUUUAUUUCCCCUGAAAUGAAAGUCAUUUGCAAUAUUAACAAGGCUAGUUAUCAGUUCAUAAAAAAAUAUUUAACAACAGUUGAGAUAGAACUGUAACCACAUUUAAUCAUAGAAUAUAAAAAGCACUUUAUACUUGAAUAAAUCUUUUAUUAUUUAAAUUUUUAAUAAAUUCUCUGUUUUGUGCAUUAAAGUACUUUGAAUCUUAAUUUAUAUUUAUAUUUGGAAUCUUUAUUAGUGUUUGUACUAUUAUGGAUGCAUCUUUGAUAGUGAAGGUGUAUUCUGUGUUUAUUUCAGUCUAAUCAAUGUUGAUAUUACACCAAAGUGGGUGGGUGUAAGGCUGUAAAAAGCAGAUUGACGCUUGUAAUCCUUGUUUUAUUAAGAAUUACUUCUAUCCAUUUUAACCUUACAGACCGCAAGGUUUGCAUCUUUUUUUUUUUUGCAGUUGAUUUCCCUGGGAGAGUGAUGCGUGCAUAACCUUUCCCUAUUGUAUGCACCUGGUUUGGAAUGAGACUCGACGGAAGGAGUUUGAACUUGUUUUCUGGAAGAUUCUUGUAUGAUAAAUAGAUAAGGUUAUUUUCAAAGUUGGCAUUUGAGUUGAUUAGAGUAUCUUGCCUCCUUGCGCUUGGAGGUGGAACAUUUGUGUACGAUAAUGUAGAUAAAAGCAGGCGUUUAUUCACAAAGAAAUGUUGAUUUAUAUAUGUACUUGUAGAUAUUCUUCACUGUUGAUAUUUUAAAAGUUUAUUUAAAAAAGAAAAAAGAUACCAGUAAAUAUAUAUGGAUGGUGUUGAUGUGCCCGCCCGCUUGCAGGAUUCGAGGUGUUUGUACAUAAUUGUUGUGGUAUUUGUUUUUAUUCACAAAUAUAGAAAUGUUUAUGUUGUUAAAGAAGAUGGAGUGAACGUUUUAUAAACCAAACAAAAUAUCUGAUAUAUGAGCUAAAAAAAAAAACCAGUAAAUGUAGCAAAAAUACUUCUAUUUGAUUGGACUAGUCUAUGCAAUAUGUUGAUUAUAAAAACUUGCACCCCACACGUCCAUUUGUAAUUGGUGACUCGGAGGCAGAGUUAGCAAGAUUUCCCCCAAACCACAUAGGAACCAGGGAGGGGGUUCCAGGUUCAGCUAGGCAGAAAAAGAUGUUGUUUAGCACGUUUACGUUCUAAGCAAUUAUCAACAGUGAACCAAUCGCAUGAAAUAUACUAUGCAUGGUGUAUUAGCUGGUAAGUUUUGAGGUUGAGAAUAUGUGUUUUCUGUGCUUAGCUCCGUGUAAUGUACCCUUAGAAUUUCUUGGUUUGAAAUAGUUUAACAGUGAAAACGCACAAAAUGUUUCUUUUAUACCAUGGGGAAAAAUGGAAUUGGUAUGCCUAUUCCCUGCAGUUCUGUAAAAAUCAGACUGUAUUUACAUUUUCUGCAAUCUUGUACUUGCUUUUCAAGUGUUGGCUUGACGAUUGCACUCCCAAGAUACAAAAAUACUGACUUCAGAAGCAGAGGGGAGUGAGGUUAUUAAAACUUCUAUUUUAGAAUACAUGUACCCAUUUUUGGGAGGGUUGCCUACAACCCUUUUUUUUCUAGAAAAGGUUUACAUUUUGCUCUGAAGGGUGCCUUCAGCCUGUUGCAGAAACAUCAGUGUUUGAUGAUUUGAGAUAAGUGUUUUUUUUAAUCAGUGGUUCGUUGAGAUUGCUCGAUUUUUAAUUGGUGCAUUUGUUUCAGAACUAUUAGGAUAUCUCCAAGCUUUAAUGACAGUCUGCUCUGACCAUCAGGUGUGACCAAGGUAGAUCAGCUCAUUUUUAUGAGCCAUACUUAAUAAGUCAAUAAUGCCAAAAUAAGGGAAAAAGUAAUGUGAUUUUUAAAAAAAUAAACCAACUUAUUUUCGCAAGUUUAACAGA